AUGAAAGACAACUCACAAGUUGACAAAAGGAGCAAUGAAAAGUCAAAGAAAUCAGCUUCCGCUUCCUGGGAUGCCUCCUCUGUUAAAUUAACUAUCCUAAUGAUUUCACUAGUCUCAUUAACAUUGUAUAUACUCAGUCCACCACAGGUAAAUGAUGAACAAUCACCAUCAUCUUCCUCGCCAAGUUCAACACCCAAUUCAACAACCUUAGCCACUGGUCAGCAAGAAUCACAGAUCGGUGGUCAGUAUGAAGAGGAAGAAGGUUCUUUCUUUAAUUUUUUAGCCACAACUGAACAACAUUUUCCACAAAUCAGCCUUCAUGAUGUUCCCUGUCAUCCAACUGGAUACAAAAAGGAAGCUGAACUUGGCCUUAAUCCACAACGAUGUGGAACCAUGAUUACUGAUGAAUUGGUUUCUCAGGAAGAUACAAUUAAAUUGCGACAAUUGGCUAUGAAAGUGAUUGACCGAAUGGGUCAAACUAAUUUUCACAAUCGAGAAUCAAUCAACCUUAAAUGGAUUAAUCUUCACAAUUUAUUUCGCAAUGGUACAAGUUCAGGAGUUUUAACGGAAAAUGAUUUCCAAUUGAUCAAGAAUACAUCUGAAGCUGCUCGGGCUGCAGUUGGAUUAGCAUUUGGUUUACCUGAAGAGUAUCUAAUGUUUCAUGGAGUCUGUCAAUUCACUCGUUACCAUCCGAUCGUCCAAUUUAGUGAAUUCAGACACGUUGAUAAACUACGAUCGCCCAAUCUAAUUGUCACUUCGAUUCUUUGGCUAUCAACGGCUGAUGUAGACUUUGGUGGUGGACGAACUGAAUUUUUAACCGGACCAGGGCCAGAACCGCACACACCUUUACUAGUUGAACCUAAAAUUGGUCGAUAUGCCGCUUGGACAUCGUCCUAUGAAAACCCUCAUGGUGUCCAAGAGCUAAUUUAUGGUUAUCGAUAUGCACUUAUCUUUGCUUUCACUGUUCUCGAAGGUUUUGGUCACCCUGAUUUAGACUCUUUCAGGGAAUGGUCAUUGACCACUGAUGCACUUAAUUAAACAUCAACCACGACUGAUUUAAAUCAUUUCAA